AUGGAACAGGUACCUAGGUCGGAAGAGGGAAAACACAGAUACAGGCAAAUAGUAAGGGACAACAUCCGAACCAAAUUCAAGAGAUUCCGCGCGCGGGCAACAGAAAACAUGGGGGUGUUAGCCGCCAUUACCAUCUCCAUUGCCGGAAUCAUCACUACGGUUGUAGUGGCUGGGAAGAGAUCCAUUGUUGCAGCAUUCAAAGAUCUAGGAACCGUUGGUAAGGCAAAGGCAAUGUUCGCAAAAGCUGCACUGCCAAUCCUGGUACCUAUUCUAAAUAUGUUAAGUACGCUCCUAAGUUGGGGAGCCAAGGGUCUUGCCUUCCUCGCCAAGAAUUUGUCGAUUGUAGCGAUCGUGAUUGCUGGAGCUAUAUUCAGGUACCUGCAAAACAGACGUAAAAAAUAA